CGCCAUCCGAGUCGCGCUCCGCGCAUGGCGACCAUGGCUGCGCUGGCGGCCCUUCUGCGUGGCGGUCCCCGCGGCCGCAGCGGCCUGCUUCGGAGGCUGGUUCAGGACAUAAAAUAUGUGGAGCGAAGUUAUGUAUCAAAACUUACUUUGAAUGAAGUGGUCAUAGUUGGUGCUGUAAGAACACCUAUUGGAUCCUUUCUAGGCGGCCUUUCCUCCCUGCCAGCUACUAAACUUGGUUCCAUUGCAAUUCAAGGAGCCAUUGAGAAGGCAGGGAUUCCAAAAGAAGAAGUGAGAGAAGCAUACAUGGGUAAUGUUCUCCAGGGAGGUGAAGGACAAGCCCCUACAAGGCAAGCAGUACUGGGUGCAGGCUUGCCUAUUUCUACUCCAUGCACCACUGUAAACAAAGUUUGUGCCUCAGGAAUGAAAGCCAUCAUGAUGGCCUCUCAGAAUCUUAUGUGUGGACAUCAGGAUGUGAUGGUGGCAGGUGGGAUGGAGAGCAUGUCCAACGUUCCCUAUGUAAUGAACAGAGGAGCAACACCAUAUGGUGGGGUAAAGCUUGAAGAUUUGAUUGUAAAAGAUGGGCUAACUGAUGUCUACAAUAAAAUUCAUAUGGGCAACUGUGCUGAGAACACUGCAAAGAAACUGAAUAUUGCACGAGAUGAACAGGAUACUUAUGCUAUUAACUCCUACACCAGAAGUAAAGCAGCGUGGGAAGCUGGAAAAUUUGCAAAUGAAGUUAUUCCUGUCACAGUUGCAGUAAAAGGUAAACCAGAUGUAGUGGUGAAAGAAGAUGAAGAAUAUAAACGUGUUGAUUUUAGCAAAGUUCCAAAGCUGAAGGCAGUAUUCCAAAAAGAAAAUGGCACAGUAACAGCUGCCAAUGCCAGCACACUGAAUGACGGAGCAGCUGCUGUGGUUCUGAUGACUGCAGAUGCAGCCAAGAGGCUCAGCGUUAAACCACUGGCAAGAAUAGCAGCAUUUGCUGAUGCUGCUGUAGAACCUAUUGAUUUUCCAAUUGCACCUGCAUAUGCUGUACCUAAGGUUCUCAAAGUUGCAGGAUUGAAAAAAGACGAUAUUACAAUGUGGGAAGUAAAUGAAGCCUUUAGUGUGGUCGUACUAGCAAACAUUAAAAUGCUAGAGAUUGAUCCCCAAAAAGUGAAUAUCAAUGGAGGAGCUGUUUCUCUGGGACAUCCAAUUGGGAUGUCUGGAGCCAGGCUUGUCGUUCAUUUGACUCAUGCCUUGAAGCAAGGAGAAUACGGUCUUGCCAGUAUUUGCAAUGGAGGAGGAGGUGCUUCUGCCAUCCUGAUCCAGAAGCUGUAGAUGACCUCUGUUGUCUUAAGGGCGACAAUGCUAUGUGGCCAGAAAGGCCUGUUGUAAUUGUUGUGACUGACUGCCCUGGGUCAGCUUGUAAUCAAAAUAAUCUGUUUCAUUUUUUUAUUAUUUUCUAGUUUAACUCCUUUUUUUAAAAUAAGAUAAAAGGAUCAAAUCCUAAAACCUUUUGAAAUUACAAAUAAAUAUUUUUCUUCUGCU